AUGAUUCAGGAAUCGCAGUCGAGUGCUUCGGAGCGAUGGAAUGGGAGAGGUCCAGAGCACAAUAUGGCUCUACAGCAGAUACUGAAGCUCCAAGAAGCCAGGGCCCUCCACAAAACCUCGCUCCUACCAAUUUACAAGAAGAACGGAAUGCCAUCGCCGCCAGCUAGUCAAAGCUACGACGAAAUGAAGUCUAAGAACCUAGAACAAGGUGACGCGAGAGCGUUCGAACAAUUAAAUCUGGAAGCAGAGUUCCGAAAGUUAUUAGAAAGAUCCGGAAAAGACGUGAGAAAUGAAGAAUCUAUGAGGUACUUCCAACAUAUGCUGGAAAUGAAACAGAACCUUGACUACUUAAAUAGCAUACAAAAAAGAGAACAGAGAAAAGGGUUAAUGAAUGUAGCACAUGUAAAGGAAGAGGCUGUAUCACCAGUGCACAAUCGUUACAGCCCUGCUCAACACUCACCUCAAAGAACGUCUCCAGUAGCACAUUCCCCAGACCACACAGCUCGGCAAACUAAUCACCAUUCUACCUCAUCAAGUCCUAUUUCCAUAACUGCCCCUGUUACUUCUUCUCCGUUGAAUCAUCUUCAGAAUAUGCAACCCUUCGAUUUUCGUAAACAUAAACAUAGUGAACAAACGCUUAGCUCCAGUGAUGGGACACCAAAGGAUAACAUUCAAAUUCAGCAAGAAACUGCAAAUAGUGCAGCAGAGCUAAUGAGAAACCAGUUUUUCAAUUUCCAGCUCCCACCCAAUUUACCAAUACCCAAUAUAUCAAUGCCAUCUACAUUUUCACAUCCCGCAGCUAUGGUCGCCGCUUUAAGUCAGAAUCCAAUGGGUUUAGCGUCGCUGCAAGCUCUUUUGCCACAAAUGUCAGCUAAAUCCAGCGAACGCGCCGAAAAUAAAUCGAAUGUUACCAAAGAAAGAAGCGAAGAAGAAAAUGUUCUGAAUUUAAGCAAAGAUGCUUAUGCUGAAAGUCAACAAUCGAGGGAUAUGAUGUUAGGCAAAUGUUUGAGCCCACCGAAGAGACAAUGGAACGCAUCACACAUGCCUUUAAACUUAGGAACUCAUUUCAUAAAUCCUACUACUGGCAAGAAAAGAGUUCAAUGCAAUGUCUGCUUGAAAACGUUUUGUGAUAAAGGAGCCUUGAAAAUUCAUUUCUCUGCAGUUCAUCUCCGUGAAAUGCAUAAAUGUACAGUGGAGGGCUGCAGUAUGAUGUUCAGUUCGAGAAGAUCUAGAAACAGACAUAGUGCUAAUCCUAACCCGAAGUUACAUUCACCCCACUUAAGAAGAAAAAUUUCGCCACACGACGGUAGAAGUGCCCAGUCUCAUCCAGUUUUGUUACCACCCCAUGGAUCUGGUAUGAACAUACCACCAGUUAUGAAUCCCAUGCACGCUUUCAAUUCAUAUCCGCUUCUCAAUUCCUCUCAUAACCUAAGACAAUUCCCACCUAAUAUGCCUAUGGAUUACAAAAAUAAUUUGGGCGUUAAUUUCUCAAACUUAGAACACACACACAUUUCAAGGCGAGAAUCGAGUUCUGUAGAAACAAAAGAUCAUGAAGGUCAAGCGGAAUCUGAUGAAGAUGACGGAAUUGUGGUUGUAGCAGGUGAUGAUGAUGAUGACGAUAAUGAUCACAAUAUUAGUCAAAAUGACUACUACUCUCAUAUGAAUAAAACCAACAGAUCCCAUGAAGAUUCAGAAACUGAAUACGAUCAUGGCAGCUUUAGUGAUAACAACGAAAGUUUCGAAAGUAAAAAAGAUGAAAAUAUUAGUCCUGAAGUCAUGAAGAGGAAAAGAAAGAAUUUAAACCCAACACGCUUACAAAAUAUCAUUAGCGAUAGGCGCACGACACACUCAAAUGAUGAAGAAUUCGGUGAUGAAUCUCAAGCACUUAAUUUAAAAAAAGCUAAGCUUGAAGAACCAGAUGGUGUUCAAAAUGAUCCAGUGAACAAAAUGAACACCUUAGAAAACAAACAGGCAACUGAUAUUAUUAAAGUAAAAGAAGAGCACAGUGAUGACAAUACUCCAAGUGAAAACGUAAAAGUUAAAGAAGAACCCGUCGAAAAAGAAACCUAUAAAACGAACGAAACAUACUCGCCUAGUCAGUUUUCUUCCGAGAACGCCUUAAAGAAACUGGAAAGUCUAUCCAAGGGGAAUUUUCCCAACAUUUCAAAGAAAAGCGACACGAACGCAGUCGGUCCUUACAAUCUCUGCGUGAACGAUUUCACCGACUUUUCCGAUAGAUCUCCCUCAUCAUCCGUCUCUAGUUACGACUACAAUUCAGACGACACACAAGGUCAAAUAUACGGCCAUUUCGACGAUGGCUUCUUCAUCACCACCACAGACAUCCCGAUUGACACAGAAAACCCAUUAAAAUGCAAAGUGUGCGACAAGUUAUUCCAGAACAUUUUCAUCAUAAAAAACCACUAUCAGAACGCGCAUUUGAAGGUGAUGUAUAAAUGCAACAAUGAAAGAUGCAGAGCCGCGUUUUCGUCGCGACGCAGCAGAGACCGGCAUAGCGCGAACGUCGAUUUACAUAAACGCGUUCUAUGCGACAUCACCGAUGACUACAACAUCAUCGAGAAGACGAGGGAGCAAAUUGAGAUGAUGACGAAGUACACGGACGACGAACGUCCGAUUCCCUAUGUCGAGUCAUCUAAGUACUAUCGAGUGAAAGAUGUGAAACCAAAAAAGCUAAACUUACCAUUGAGCGCUCCGUACCCACCGAUGUUACCUGACUAUUUAAAUCGGGACAUGUUCAAUCAGCAUCCAUUUCUGUUCACGCCAUUUGGCAUGCUACCAAACUUCGCCCCACUACCGUUCGGCUUCUUACCUCCGAAUAUUAAUGCGUUUGGCUGUCAGAGUCAAUAUUCGCCGCCGCUGCUGCCAAAACUCAAUUACUCGAUCGAAGACGAAGCCCCUAGGCCGAAUAAAGAUGGUUAUUAUCCAUGUCGCGGUUGCAGAGAGUACUUCAAGGACUUGCACGGUCUGAAGACGCAUUGCGAGUCUUCGCAUGCCCAGCUUCUGCACAGGUGCUCGAUAAACGGUUGCAACGCGGCCUUCUUUUCGAGGACUAAAAGGAAUAUUCACACCGAAUCCCACUAUUCUAGGCGAUCAGAAAAAGGGGGGUCGUGA